AUGCUUGUGAACAGGGUAAUUUUCAGAUCUCAGAUACAGGCUUUCCGCUCGUUUUCUACUACUGCUAUAGUAAAAUCACAUAUUGGAUCGAGUCCAGUUUUUAUUUCAAAUGAUGUUCAACUGCAGGAGGACACGAUGUUGAUUCCACGUGUGAUUCCAAAGGGUGCAAAAUCAAUAAAAUUGAGUAGGCUGUUGACCGUUAAAGGGCCAAAAGGAGCGGUGAACUUAGAAUUGCCCGAUUUUGUUACAAUUGACAGGAAGGACACUAAAAUUAACGUGAAUGUGGCCAAUCCAGGCAGUAAACUACAAAAGUCACUCUGGGGAACAUCCAGAUCACUUGUUAACAAUGCUGUUGUUGGAGUAACCGAGGGACACAUGAGUGUUUUGAGAUUUAAAGGUACUGGAUAUAGGGUCCUGGUCAAAAAAGAAGAUGAUGGGAAAGAAUGGGUCAAGAUGAAGAUCGGUAAGUGUGAUAUGCAAGGAUUACCUAUUCCCCGAGGCAUAAAGUGUUCAACACCAACAUCAACAUUAUUGGUUUUGGAAGGAUGCAAUAAACAAAGCUUAAACCAGUUUGCGGGCAGAUUAAGAAACAUGCAUCCUCCCGAACCAUACAAGGGUAAGGGAAUAUACAUGAAUGGUGAGACUAUUAAGCUAAAAGCCCGGAAAGUGAAAUGA